AUGAAUUAUAAAAUAGUGUAUCAAUAAUUAAUAGAUUAAAAUACAGACUGGUAAUAGUUAUUAAAUUUCUUAAAAUAAAAAGAUUUUUGCUCAUAAAAUAAUAUUAAUUAAGUGAUCACAAAUAAUUUAGUAAUUAUUUAAAAACUUAAAGAAAAACUAUUUGCCCUUUUAAACCUCAGCCGUUUUACUUAAAUCGAUGAAUAUGGAUAUCAUUAUUUAGAGAUAUUUAAAAUUUUACUUUGUUUUGUAGAGAGUAAUAAGAAUCUUGAUGAAUAAGAAGGCAAACAAUUAGAAAUGAUUAUCGGAACUUUAUUAGAAUAAUAAAUUUUAAUUUAAUGGAAUCAGAGCAAUUUGAAACAACAAAAAAAAUUAUUACUGCAAUAUAAACUGAAGGGAAAAAAUAUAUAGAGUUUUCAAAAGAAUUAUCAUCUCUUUUCAUUCGAUUAGAAGCAGUUCAUAAAGCUCUGCACGAUUUCGUCAGCAGAAAAAUUACUUGAAAAUGUUAAGAAAUAGAUUUCACUUUUAUUAUAUUGCUAGAACUUUAAAUGGGAAAAAGAGAUGGAUAAAAAAAAAAUUGAUUAACAUCUUCUUUAGGAUUAAGGAUUUGAAAGUGUAUAUUUUAGCUUAAUUUUUUACUUCUUGUAGUAAUAUUGUUAUAUAAAAUAUAAUGAUUUUAACCAACUGCAAGGGAAAUUAAGCAAAGUUAAAAUUGAUUAAAGAUAACGAUGGCUAAAUACUUUCAUCUCAAAAGCAAAAUCUAAUAAUUAGGAUUAAAUUUAUCUUUUCAUGAUCAACCAUACUGUACAAUUUUCAAUUUAAAAGGAAGAAUAUUUUUUAAAGGAAAAUAUAUUUAAACUUUUGGAGUUUAAUCAACAAAAACAAAAUUAAAUCUGGCCAUUAUUACAAAAAAAUUAUGAAGAAAAUUCCCAAUUUGAUUUUUUUUGCCAAUUAAAAUUCUUACCUUUGUUUAAAUUCAAAAAGAUAAUUGCCUAAUUUAAAAAAAUGAGCGUUGCUAAGCCUGAAAUACAAAAUUCCACAAACCUUAAUUAAUAAUUUACAAAUUAAUAUUUUAACUAACAUUCAACAGAAUCCCAAUUAUUUACAAUUUAUCUUUUAUUUUCAAAUCCAUCAAGAGAAUUUACGAAUAGCAUUAAAAGAGCUCUAGUCUUAACGUUUCUAUCUAAUGAGAACAGAGAUAUAAAUUUUUAUAUCAACGAGUUAAUAAAACAUGAGAAAAAUAUAUUUUAUGGAGAUGUAGUCUUAUUAUUAGGAUUGUUGGAACAAAAAUUUAAAGAAUCAAUAGCAAGCAUUAUCAAACUUUACAAUAUAGAUAGCUCUUUUAUGCAAUUAAAAGCUACGAUGAUUUUGAUGAAAUAUUUUAUGUGUCAUUAAAAGUUAGCAAACAAAAAAGAAUCAUUCUAAAUAUUUGAGGAUUUAUUAGAAGAAUUAAGUUUAAAAAAUGAGAAAGAGAUGCUUUCCCUUAAAUUGUUAUUUGGAAAGGAUAGGUUCUAAAUCUUAUUUGUGGAAUUAAUAAAUUAUUACUUAAUUUCAGAUAUCAAAAAUAAAAAGAGAUGUAUGAAAAUUCUCAAAAAUUUAGUGCCAAUUAGCUUAGGAAAAUCUGAAGAAAAGAUAUAAACAUUCAAAGCCUUAUAUUUAUGUCUUAGUCCUUGGUUAUUGAAUUACUUAAUCUUAUUAAACACAAAGGCAAUUAUUACAUAAAGUAUGUUUAAAAGAACAUUAAUAAUUAUUUUUACUAUUAUUAAAUAGAAAGAAUAGUUUACAAAAUUUCUGCUAACUAAUUUACACUCCUUAAUUAAUAAACCUUGCUAUCAUUUCGAUUAGGUUUUGACUGCUAGAGAAAGAUAAAUUAGUGAUAAACUGAAUUUCAAACUGAAUUUAAUUCAAUUCUUAAAUUCUGGAAACUAUCAUGAAAUGUUGUUGAAAGAAUGUGUUUUAUUGUAUAAAGAGGAUCCUGUAUUUUAUGAGGAUAAUUUAGGAAAGAUAAAUUACUUCAAUAAUAUUAAAUUACAUUCUGCUUAUUUUCUUUAGAAGGAAACAUUUGAAUAUUGCCCUUAAAAAGGCUGCUUUUCGCUUGAAGAUUUUAACAUCUCAUUAACCGAAACAUCAUAAGAAUAAGAGAAAAUGAUUGUUUAAGAUUGGUUAGAUGAUAUCAAAGAUAUUUCAAAAUUUAAAAAAUUAAUUCCUUUUUUUUUUAAUAUCAUUAAGAGGGGAGAAUCAUCAAAAAAGUUAUUAUCCAUUAUCACUUCAUAUCGACGCAAAGUUUAACAAUCAAUAAAAAUAACUAAUAAUAUGAAGUCCUUAUUCUAACUAUUUUUCAAUAAUUCUAAUGAUGAACUCUAAGUUAUGUUGCUUAAACUUUAUUCAAGUAUGUUUCCAGUUCCAUUAAUUUUCCAAAAUCCAUACUUAUAACAUGCUAAAAGGGAAACCGAUUUAUAUGUUUUUAAUGAGAAAAUGUAUUAUGUAUUUUAAUAAUCAUUUUCAAUAAUUAAUUUUUCAUUAAGCUCAAAAUAAACCUAGAUAGGAAAAACACAGCUAAUUAAUGAAAUAUUUUAUAAGUAAGAAAAAUUUGAGACAUAGGAUACAUGCCAAUUGAACAAUAACACAAUAGAUAUUAUGUUUGAUACACAAUUUAAUGGGUCUCGAAAUUUCUGUGUGGCAGAUGCUCAUGGAUAAAUCCCAAUAGAUAUAUUAAUUAAGAUUUUACCUUUAUUUCGAUUGUGGAUUAUAUAGGUAGAUUCAUUAAAGGAACUUAAAGAUACUUAGGAUAAAUUAAAUGAAAUCACUAGAAUUGUCCCUACAAUAAAUCAUAAGAUUUGUAUUAUCAUCAGAAAUCACAAAGAAACUGAAGAAAUUAUAAAAGAAUUUAAUAAAAUUCAACUUAAAUAUGAAAGUGACGGAAUAAGGAUACAUAAAAUAAUCGAUCUAGAUUAGAAAGGCUUAGAUAAAUCUAUAAGGGAAAUGGAAUUAUAAAAUGCCUAAACUUUUAUUUUUAAAGAAAUUUAAUAUCGAAAUAAAAUAACAGCAUCCAAAAACGACCAAGAAUUUUUAAACGUUAUAAAAACAUUUGAUACAGAUUAAAGACUAAUAUCCAAAUAAUUUAUUGAAGAUAGAGCAAUUAUAAAAGAUUUAGAGGAGGAAUUAAAUAGAUUGAUUUAAAAGCCUUUUGGAUUUUAUGAUCAAGAAGCAUUUCCAAUUAGAUCAAUUGAGUAUAAAUUAAAAGUUCUUAAAGAAAAAUAAAAUGAAAGCAUUCAACAAAUCAAUAAUUAAGGAUAAAAUGAAACCCAAUCCAAAAUUAAUCAAAAGAAUGUUAUGUUAUCUAACAAUUAAUUACUGUAGCAAGAUAUAAAGAAUUAAAUUACUGAUUUAGAAGUUCAAAUCAAGAAUGCUUAAUUAUCAAACAUUUUAAAAAUAUUUUGCAAAAUAUUUAAUUAAAAUUAAGUUCGAAAGUUUAAUGAAAUAAACACUUACAAAUUGUAGGAAGAAAAUUAAGAAAUCAAUGAUUCAUUGAUGAAGCUAAAAAAAGAAAGAGAUAUACUGAAGCAAAAAAAGUCUGAACUUAAGAAAGAAUCUAGUUUAGUGAUAUUUGAGGAUGAAAAAAAUAAAGAAUAUAAAAAAAAAUUCAGAUGA